AAAGCAAAAAGGGUACCAUUAUAAAAUUCAAUAUUCGCAGUCCGCCAGCAGUGUGUUGGAAAGUCAAGAAAAUAAUUUCCCAGUUGAGCAGCAGCUCGUGUUUUCCGUAAGUUUUUUUUUUCAUUCGUGGCCACUUGGUGUUACUUUUCGCCUGCAUAUGGGUCGCAAGCUCGUUCAAAAUGAUCGAUAUUAGCCACGCGAGUGUACGCAGUUUGUGAUUCGAGCGGAAUUGCUUCGAUUUGCCUUUAGGUGAGCAGGACUUUUUUUCGAUUUUCAUCGUCCUCAAAGCAGAUUCGAAGGCUGGCUCAUGGUUCUGCUCGUAAGCGCCAUCGAGUCGUAUGGUGUAUCAAGAGGGAAAGAGAAAGAACCUGUUAGCAGCCAUCACAGCAGCAGCAGCAGCUCCUUGUCGACGCUGACAGUACACGAACACUGCAGGGCCCCCUUUUUUGUGUCAGCCACUUGAUGGUAGUGGUGUGCAGUCUGCUUCGUUGAAUAGCGAACGGAUUGGGUUGUGUGGCGCAUCAUCAUCAUAAUCGUUCAUCGUUUUCGUUGUCGUCGAUACGUGCGUACGUACGAUACGUGCAAAAGAAGACGUCCGAGAAAUAGAUUUAGUGCGAGGCGAUUUUCAAACCCAACUUUGCAAUUGAAAUUUGCUUCUUCACCAGAAGAGCAAAGUAAAAAACAUCACCAGUGAAGAGAGCGGGGCGAACGCGAUUUUUAUGGUUCCAAUCAAAGCACUAAGUUGAGUCGCGAAGUCUCGCGCGGAGGUCAUCCGGAACAGUAUUUUCGGGGUAAAGGCAUAGAAAGCAGCUGGAGCUGGUGCCGAUGCGGGGAAAGCAAAAACAUUACAGUGGCAAUUUCUGUGCAGCUAAGGAAACGGAAAAGCAGCCUGCAAGGAGUUUGCUGCACAUAUGAAUUCGUGGAGGCAUUAGCCCAAAAAAGGGAUAGGACGUGAAGAAGAAGUGAACAUAAUAAAAAAAUCCAGAGCGAAAAGCACAUCUCGGUCCAACCAAAGGUGGCAGCGGCUGCAUAGCGGAGAAGUUUGUCGGACACAGAUCUCCUUUCUUCCGGAAACCAGGAUACACUAAAUAUCCACAAACAUACACACACGAUGGAAUUACGCGUUGGCAACAAGUAUCGGCUCGGCCGCAAAAUUGGCUCCGGCUCCUUUGGCGACAUCUAUCUGGGUACAAACAUCUCGACCGGCGAGGAGGUGGCGAUCAAGUUGGAAUGCAUCAAAACGAAACACCCCCAGCUGCACAUCGAGAGCAAGUUCUACCGGAUGCUCCAGGGUGCCGUCGGAAUCCCAACGAUCAAGUGGUGCGGCUCGGAGGGCGACUACAACGUGAUGGUGAUGGAGCUGCUGGGUCCCUCGCUGGAGGAUUUGUUUAAUUUUUGCUCAAGACGGUUCACGCUUAAAACUGUGCUGCUGCUGGCAGAUCAAAUGAUUUCCCGCAUCGAUUUCAUACACACGAGAAAUUUCAUCCAUCGGGACAUCAAACCGGACAACUUCCUGAUGGGGCUCGGCAAAAAGGGGAACCUUGUGUACAUUAUCGACUUUGGGCUGGCGAAGAAGUAUAAAGAUACAAAAACGUUGGACCAUAUUCCAUAUCGGGAAAAUAAAAACCUGACCGGAACGGCACGUUACGCAUCGAUCAACACACAUUUGGGUAUCGAACAGAGCCGUCGGGAUGAUUUGGAAUCCCUCGGGUACGUUUUGAUGUAUUUCAACUUGGGUACACUGCCAUGGCAAGGACUGAAGGCGGCAAACAAACGCCAAAAGUACGAAAGGAUCUCCGAAAAGAAGCUGUCGACUCCGAUCGAGGAGCUGUGCAAGGGCUUCCCCGCGGAAUUCGCAUCGUAUCUGUCAUACUGCCGCCAGCUAGACUUCACCCAGCGUCCCGAUUACUGCUAUCUACGGAAGGUGUUCCGAACGCUGUUCGGAAGGCAGGGAUACACAUAUGACUACGUGUUCGACUGGAAUAUGCUAAAGUUCGGAGGAUCAUCCCGCCACAACACCGCAAACGAACGGAACAAAUCGGGAGCGGUCGUCCAACCCAACGACCCAUCCGCGAUCAGUUCCGGAAUGGUGGCAACGGUGGGAGGUGGCGUCGUGACAACGGUCACAGGUACCACCGCGUCUAUGGCUAAGAAUGAUUCCUGCAAGCAGCUCGCCAAUCGGCUAGUCCAGAUGAUGGCACAGUCCCGACCGCCCGGUGCCGACCAGCAGCAGGUUCCGGUACCAGGCGCUCCGCAGCAACAGCAACCCAAACCACCACAUAAUAACAACGCGGGCAGUGCGAAUCCCGAACCGAUCGCCACAUUCUCCCGGCAUGAUACACCCGAACGCCGCUCAUCGAUCCGUGUGCGUGGUCAGAAUUUAGACUCACGAAAUAUUGAAUAAUAUUAAAUUCCUGCUUUAAGUUUUUACUUACAUAUAUAAUUUAAAUUAUAUAAAAUGAAAUAUGUAAGAGAAGAAGGCCUCCUCGAACGGAAAAUGCGGUUCUGCCUAGAGAGAUAGUGGAAGUAUAUGGACGCAUUCUUGAGGAGAACGAAAUACAAGGUAUAUAUGGGCGGGCAACGAAGGCGGAUAGAAUGAUUCUUCUUUAAUUUUUGUUUACUCAGAAGAAUCAUUACUCUAAAUAUACAUAGACUAGCUAGAGCAAAAAUUAAAACUGAUGAGCCGGGAUUAAUACGUUGAAAUAGGAGCAGAUGCACACAUGCAGUUUACUAAUCGUUCAAUCAUCAACCUUCUUGUGCUGGAUUCAAUUUUCGAAAGCUGGCACCAGGGAGGGGGACUGAAUUUGAUAGUGGAGAACAGUUUAUAAGAGAGAAGAAUAGAUUUAGUGGAAUUAUUAAUUAAUUCAAUAAUUCGUAAUGUAUAUGUAGUAAUCCAAUCUGGAAGAAUGAAUAUAAAUUGGAGAAACAAAAAAACAACAAAUAAAGAUGACGACAACGUGCGCUUGUUCAAGCUAAGUGAGAGUCAUAUUGUAACAACAUGCACAUCCUCACGUGCAUUCCUUUACAUAGAAUCUGCGUGAUAGACAAAACAGGAAUUGGAAAAUGUCGUAUCCAAUUGGCUCCACACCACUUGAAACAGAUAUGUAUAGACGUAUGUAGGAAUAAUCUAAAAAUACAAACAAGAUAAAACAAAAAAAUAAUGCUGGCUGGAGAAACUAACGAUUUAGUCUUAGGCUAUCUCUACUUUUAUCAGCUCCCCGCAAUGUCAGGAUAUUGAAGAGAGUGCAACAUCUCUGUUAUGCGAGGAAAUCCUAUCCCCCAAUUUGUGUACCAUAGUAAUAUUGCGUUUGAAUUCAAAACAAAAGAUAACCAGCAGUAUCGCUAGCGAUUUCAGCGGAAAACCUCAGUCUAAAUAAAAAAAGGUUUAAAAAAACACACAGAAAACUGGACCAAGAAUGAU